CCGGAAGUCCGCGAGGUCCCGCCCCCGAAAGUCGGCUCCGCUCCGCUCCAAUCCCGGAAGUCCGCGCGGCCCCGCCUCUGCCGGUUCGCGUCUCUCUGCUGCCGCGCGGGGACCGCUGUGCUCUCGGCCCCUCCUCCUGUAGAGACUGGUGCUGCCUUCUCGGAAUGUACCUGCAGGUGGAGACCCGCACCAGCUCCCGCCUCCAUCUGAAGAGGGCUCCAGGCAUCCGGUCCUGGUCCCUGCUGGUUGGAAUCUUGUCAAUUGGCCUGGCUGCUGCCUACUACAGUGGAGAUAGCCUGGGCUGGAAGCUCUUCUACGUCACAGGCUGCCUGUUUGUGGCCGUGCAGAACCUGGAGGACUGGGAGGAAGCCAUCUUUGACAAGAGCACAGGGAAGGCUGUUUUGAAGACGUUCAGCCUCUACAAGAAGCUGCUGACUCUUUUCAGAGCAGGCCAUGACCAGGUGGUGGUCCUGCUGCAUGAUGUCCGCGAUGUGAGCGUGGAGGAGGAGAAGGUCCGGUACUUCGGGAAGGGCUACAUGGUGGUGCUCCGGCUUGCGACGGGCUUCUCCCACCCCCUCACGCAGAGUGCAGUCAUGGGCCACCGCAGUGAUGUGGAAGCCAUCGCCAAGCUCAUCACCAGCUUCCUGGAGCUGCACUGCCUUGAAAGCCCCACAGAGCUGUCUCAGAGCAGUGACAGUGAGGCCGGCGACCCUGGGAGCCAGAGCUGACAGCCCCGGUAUGCCUGAGCCUGUGCACCACCCACAGGACCCGUGACACAUUCCUGGUGUGCCUGAGCCCGUGCACAGCCCACAGAACCCCGUGGCCUUGACUUCAGUUGGUGCCUCCAGCCGAGUCGGCCUCUUGCCUGCUCACACUGCUGCUUUCACACUGCACGAAACAGCAGGCCGGACGAGGACACCCAGACUUUCUCCAUCGUGAGGCCUGGGCCUGCCUUCCUGCAGCUGGAGGUCUCGCCAGCCCUGGACUCCUGCUGUGGGCCACAGCCAGACCUCGGGCGAGUGGAGAGGCCGGGCCAGGCCGGGCCCAUGGGUGCUGAUGCUGCGUGUUGUCCCCGACACAGUGUCCUCUCCCUGGGUGGACAUCCCCAGCGGUCAGUGCUUCCCCAAGGGCAGCGAGGGGCGAACAUCCGGGGCCUACCUGGCUGUGCACGCUGCAGCCACACUGUGGAAGCUGCCCCUCCCCAAGGACCCGCCUCCCUUGAUGAUGCCAGGAUCUCGGCGCAUAGACCGCUCUGCCCCUGUGGUCGUCACAGAAAGGUCUCUCUGUUCCUCACCCUCAGCCUCAGCAGAAGCUGCGAGGCCAGAAAAAAAGUCAGCUCUUCCAGUACUGUGCAGCGCUUAAAAACCGGGAGCUCCGGCCGGGCGCAAUGGUUCAUGCCAGUAAUCCCAGCACUUUGGGAGGCCAAGGUGGGAGGACUGCUUGAGGCCAGAAGUCCAAGACCAGCCUGGGCACACAACAAGAUCCUGUCUUUGCAAAAAUACUAACCAAACAAGAAAAAUUAGGAGAUUUUCUGCAGAAAUUGAGUUCCAGCCUCUUUC